AUGGGCACUUUUUCUCUUCUUUCUUCCUGCAUGCAUUCACAUAAUGCUGUAGGUAUUCGUCUUGGUUCCCGUCUUAUAAAUCCUUCAAAUAAUUACACCAAGCGUUUUUUCAGCACAGAGGGAGGAAGACUUCUUAAUCCAAAUCCUCGGCCUACACAAUAUCAGACAGUUAUAGUCAAUGAGGCAGUCAAUCCACCACCAGGUAGAGAGGUCAGUCUUACUCCUUUUCUUGUCGGGGCUGGCGUCUUUAUGGUCAUCUUCCCAUGUAUACAGACCACCAUGGAACUCCGCAACUAUUACAAAAAGACAGAACACCUGUAUAGAGAUGGAUGGAACCGUCAUCACUACGACGACAUGAAAAAUGAAUAUUUAUCUUAG